AUGCAAGAAGACUUGGAAGUCACUGGCAUAUCGCGUAGCGGACGUGUUAGAAAGAAAAGUUCUAAAUUGAUGGAUUUUGAGUCUCCUGAUGACAUUGAGACUCGUUUUCGGCGUCAAACGCCCGUAAAAUCAUAUACCGGAUUCCGACCUGAAGAGAGCCAGGAAUUUCCACCACAAGAAAGUACUACUCCGAGACCGGUAGACGAUGCAGGCACCGCAUCUGGAAGUGAGUCAGAUUAUUAUGAAAACACUGGAGAAAAUGCAGAUAGCAUGGAAUCCGACAGCUCGGCAUCAGACGAAGGCUCCACUAGGACUCCAGCUAACUCUCUUUAUAUGAUGGAGAAGAGUAGCAAAAAGAAGUUGAUUGUGAAAGAUGGCAGAGUUGUUGGUAGGGCCAAAGCCCAGAGAAAAGACAAGGGUAAAACCCGCAUCACUGCCUACAUGAUGUGGGCUAAGGAAGCUCGAAAUGAGUUACUUCGCAAGCAUCCUGACAUGGACUUCUCUGCAAUUUCAAAACGCCUGGGAGAAAUGUGGUCUAAUGUGAACUACAAUGAACGUUAUCUGUGGAAGCGCAAAGCCAAACGGUUUGCAAUGCAGAAGGAGCAGAGCAAUCAAGCUACAGCGAACAAGAUUAUAAUAUCUAAUCCAAGUCGGCCCCUUACUACGACUGGACCGGGCCGCCCUCCUGCCAACCGCCCGCCUGUUAAACCAGUUCCCACUACGCCACCUCAACAAGCUCUUGUGCCCGUGGCAAGUGCAGCGGCAGGGACAGCGGCCGGGGCGGGCGGCAUGUACCGCGUCACGGGCUGCGGGGCUGUGGAGGUGGCCGCGCACCUUCGGCUGUUGGGUGAGAGCCUCGCCAUCAUCGGGGAGAGGCUCAAGGAACACGAGGGUCAAAUCGCAGUGUCAGGGUCGGUGUCGGUGCUGCUGGACACGCUGCUGUGCUCGCUGGCUCCGCUGCUGUCGGUGUCGCGCGCCAUCCCCGCCAUCGCCCCCCCUCAGCGCCUGCUGCAGGACACGCUGCACAACAUCGCCUACAUCAUGCCGGGGCUAUGA